AUGUUUCUUCACCGUAGUUCUCGCGCAAUUCGCCAUCAAUGGCGACUAUGCCGGGGUCUAAAUCGCACUCCCGAGUCCCAAGUCCGCGCUGCCCUAAUAAGAGGCUUUCAUGCGAGCAGGAAUCUGCAGGUCGUGAAGCCCGUCCUCCUUGCUGAUAUCGGCGAAGGUAUUGUGGAGUGCGAAAUCAUACAAUGGUUUGUCGAACCCAAUGCCCGAGUCGAGGAGUUCUCACCCCUGUGCGAGGUCCAGAGCGAUAAAGCCUCGGUCGAGAUCACAAGUCGCUUCUCGGGUGUUGUGAAGAAGCUAUAUUACGAGGCCGGCGAAAUGGCGAAAGUAGGCAAACCGUUCGUGGAUAUUGAUAUACAAGGUGGCGCGAGUCAGGAAGCAUUGGACGCUCUUACCACCCCUGAGUCUUCAAGAGAAGGAGCCUCGGAGCCGUUAAACAAGGAGUCAUUAAGCAACCCUCCUCAGAGUCAAGAUACUAUAGAUAAGGCAGUCGAGCCCAAGUCCCAGCCACCUCCGGUAAAGAAGGGGAAGUAUGCAUCUCUAGCAACUCCAGCGGUUCGACAUCGGUUAAAAGAACUAAAUAUUGAUAUAAUGGAAGUUGAGGGAACAGGGAAAGAUGGUAGAGUCCUAAAAGAAGAUAUCUAUAAAUUUGUUGAAAAGAGAGAUUCUCCUACGCAACCAUCUCAACCAACGAGUUUAUUUCCAGGCAUACCGCCGGAGACGGAGAAACAAACUGAGACCGCUAUACAACUGACGAAUACGCAACAACAAAUGUUUAAGACUAUGACUCGGUCUUUAGCCAUACCGCACUUCCUCUACGCGGACGAGAUCGACUUCUCUCAGCUAGUUGAGUUACGCCGGCGGCUUAACAAGGUUGUAUCGGAAUCUUCAACUGACGGACAGUUAUCAAAAUUAACCUAUUUACCUUUUAUCGUAAAAGCAGUCUCCAUAGCGUUACAUCAGUAUCCUAUACUAAAUGCUCGCGUCGACGUGGACCCCGAGACCUCUAAACCGAGGCUGGUUCACCGCAGUCAGCACAAUAUCGGCGUCGCUAUGGAUACCCCCUCAGGGCUUAUAGUUCCCGUAAUCAAGAAUGCUGGAGCGAAGAGCAUCCUCUCUAUAGCUGCAGAGUUAUCACGUCUGCAAUCGCUAGCUGCGGCUGGCAAGCUUUCGCCGCAGGACUUGAGCGGAGGUACUAUUACCGUUUCCAACAUAGGCAACAUCGGCGGUACAUAUGUCUCUCCGGUCAUCGUGGAGAAGGAAGUGGCGAUUCUGGGCGUGGGACGCAUGCGAACUGUCCCAGCCUUCGAUGAUCAGGAUAAUGUCGUCAAGAAGCAGGUCUGCAACUUCAGCUGGUGCGCCGAUCAUCGUGUCGUGGACGGCGCAACGAUGGCGCGAGCCGCUGAGGUCGUGCGAAAGAUCGUAGAGGAACCAGAUAUUAUGGUUCUGCAUCUGCGAUAG